AUGUUGUUUGGGGCAAGUAAUUUUACUGUGCUUUUGGUGCUAAUUGCAUCAUGUUUUGCAAAGAAAACUACACAGGAGUCAUUCACUUCAAAAGAAACACUAGAACAGACAUUUGAACAGGGUACAAAUAGUGAAUUAUUAUGGGCACCAUACCGUUCUAAUUGUUAUUUUGGUAUUAGACCACGUUUUGUUGAUGGAACACCCUUUAUCUUUGGGUUAAUGUGGUUCGAUACCACUAAGUUCGACUCUAUGACUAGAUUGAGACAUUUCGUAAGUGAUGAAGACCAUUUAGAAAGAUUCACAUGGGAAGCGUACGAUCCAAGACUUGGUGGUAGGGAGAAUAUCAUUGACCCUGAAAAUAAUUUGAAUUUGACUAUUCAUUUUGCGAAGACUCAUGACGAUCAAAACUGGAUCGUCAGAGUUAACGGUAAACCAUUGGAUCCAACUUUAAAUACUACAACAUCAGUAAUAUUAUACAUGAACCAAAAUAUUGGGAAGGAUCCUGAAGGUCCAUCAAGAUUGAUGCAUAUUAACAAUGGUAAUACACAGGACGAAAAUACUUUUGAAUUUACUGGUAUUUCUGAGGAUCUUGGUAAAUAUGAAGUUUUAAUUAAUGAUAAUUAUGGUAACUACUAUACUAAUGACACUUUAGAUAGUAUUGAAGUUGUCCCUGGUUGCAAUGCCUCCAGAAGUAGUCAUGUCGGUUUAACUAUCCCAGAUACUGAGGUAUGGAGAGCUAGAGAUAUUUUCCAAUCAUUAUUAACUGACUCCAUCAAGGAUAUUGUUAAGGAACUUGGUGAAACUAUUGAUUCUGGUUUGGUUCCAAGUGUAUUAACUUUAAGAAACCUUCAUGAAUUUGAUCAAGGUAACUUCCAUUACAUUCAAAAGACCUUCGAUAUGCGUGAAGAGAAAGGGUUUGAAUUUGAUGUAGUUUACAACAACAUGGAUUCUACACAAACCAUUGAUUCAGGUAAACAAGCAACAAAAUUGAUAAACGAUGCCAUUUAUGAAAUUAAUGUCAGAUUCGAUAACCAUUUCGAUAUUGAAGAUACUGAAAACACCGGCGAUAAGAGAAAAUUUGCUAUGGAAGUCCUAGGUAACUUAUUGGGUGGUAUUGGUUAUUUCCAUGGUACUCAAGUGAUUGAUCGUGAAACUGUAUUAGAUGAAGAUCAAUUUGAAUCUAUUAAAUUUGAGCACUUCAAAGAAGAAGGCCCUUAUAGUUUAUUUACCAGUGUUCCUAGUAGAGGAUUUUUCCCUCGUGGGUUCUAUUGGGAUGAAGGUUUCCACCUUUUACAAAUUAUGGAAUAUGAUUUUGAUUUAGCUUUCCAAAUUGCAGUGAGUUGGUUCAAUUUAAUUGAUGAAAAUGGAUGGGUUGCUCGUGAAGUAAUUUUAGGUCCUGAAGCAAGAAGUAAAGUUCCACAAGAAUUUACUAUUCAAAGUCCUCAAAUUGCUAAUCCACCAACAUUAUUACUUGCUUUAAGUGAAAUGUUAACUAAAUUAAUUGAAAAUGAAAAUGAAUUAGGAUUUUCCCAUUCUGUAGUUGAUGCUGAACAAGAAGAAGGAAUUUCAUCCCAGUUAGGUUCCAAUUUUGAAUAUAUUAUCAAAUACAGUAAGAUAAUUUAUCCACGUUUACAAAGUCACUUUAAAUGGUUCACAGAAACUCAAAAGGGGUUAAUUGAAGAAUAUCUGGAAGAUAUGGAAGAUGAUGAACAAUUUCAAGAAGUACAUCAAAAUUUUGUCUACAGAUGGUUAGGUCGUACUGUGACUCACUGUCUACCAAGUGGGUUAGAUGAUUAUCCAAGAGCAGAAAUACCAGAUGUGGCUGAAUUAAACGUAGAUGCAUUAGCUUGGGUCGGUACCAUGGCUAGAUCUAUGAAAAACAUUGCGCAUAUUUUAGGUUUAGAAAAAGAUGAACUCCAAUAUGCUGAAACAGAGAGAAAGAUUGUAGAAAACUUAGACUUAUUACAUUGGGAUUCAAAGACUGGUACUUACUGUGAUGUUACAUUAGAUGCUGAAGGUGACGAUGAAAUGCAACGUGUAUGUCAUGAAGGGUAUGUUUCUCUACUUCCAUUUGCACUAAAAUUAAUGCCAAGAAACUCUCCAAAACUUAAAAAUCUAUUGACUCUAAUGAGUGACCCAGAGAAAUUAUUUUCCCCAUUUGGUCUACGUUCAUUAUCUAAACAAGAUGAACAUUUCGGCGCAGGUGAAAAUUAUUGGAGAGGUAAAAUUUGGAUGAAUAUUAAUUACUUAUGUCUGGACGCAAUUCAGUAUUAUUUCCCUGAGGUGAUUGCUGGGUCUCCUGAAACCAGCGAGUUGCAUGAUAAAGAAGUCAGCAAUAUGGCUAAGAAACUAUACAAUACAUUAAGGGAAAACUUAAUCAAUAACGUCUAUGGUAAUUGGAAAGAGACUAAUUACGUAUAUGAAAAUUACGACCCAGUAGAUGGCCAUGGUACUGGUUCAGUGCAAUUCACUGGUUGGACAUCACUGAUCGUCAACAUACUAAGACACCAAGGUUUGUAA